UCCCCAAAUUGGAGCGAGCUAGGGUUAGGGUUUCUCUCAGAAUCAGCUCUCUCGCUCGCGAAAACCCAAAGGCCAAAGGCGUAGGAAUCUCACUCUCUCUCUCUCUCUCAAAUCCCAAUGGCAACGGCGACAGCGAACGCGUCAGGGGCGACGGUGACGGCGAAGAGAAAGCCGGUGUUCAUAAAGGUGGAGGAGAUUCAGCCAGGGACGAGCGGCCACACCCUCACCGUCAAGGUCGUCAGCUCCAAUCCGGUCAAGGUCACCUCCAAGAACGCCGGCGCCCGAUCCUCCCUCUCCUCUCGCCCUCUUCAGCCCCCUCGGAUCGCUGAGUGCCUCGUCGGCGAUGAGACUGGCACCAUUGUCUUCACUGCUCGCAAUGACCAAGUUGACAUUAUGAAGCCCGGCACCACUGUGAUCCUGCGCAAUGCAAAGAUUGACAUGUUCAAGGGGACUAUGAGGCUUGCAGUUGAUAAAUGGGGUCGUGUUGAAGUCACAGAACCAGCCAGCUUUGAAGUCAAGGAGGCCAACAAUCUUUCUCUUGUCGAGUAUGAAUUAGUUAGUGUUGCGGAAACAGAUCAGAAAAGCUAAUUUGAUGGAAGACUGAGUGAUGGGUAUAUUGUGAGAGUGGAUAUUAGUGAGUUAGUAGCAAUCAAAGGUUAGAUUGGUGUUCCUGGGAUACUACAGCUGAUAUGUGGUUCUUCUCCUGUUUUCCUGAAGAUAUUUUCACUCUUGUUAUUUGCUAGUGAGUUUUCGGAUGCUAAUAUUAUGACUUGGAAAAAGUGUGGUCAUAUAUGUUCAAGAAUAAUCCUAUCUUGUACAUUAUAUCUGUUUGCUUGCAACAAUUUGUAUGAACCAUAGCGGGUGUUGCAAUUUCCUAAAAGACAAUUGCAGCUGCAAGCAAUGCAUAUCUUCUUGAGUUUUGACA